CUCGUUAUUCACGUGUAUAUUACUGGUAUUUAUUUUAUCGACUCCAGUAUUUGGUUUUAGAACAAAUGUCGUAACUCCCACGAUCAGUGAAUAAACCUCAACUUGGUCGCUCGUUUUGCAAGAAACAGCCCCCAAAGUUCUCCUCAAAUCACACUCUAUUGUCUUAAAAAGGAAAGGCACCUUGGAUAAUGUAGUCAAGUUUGAACAAGACGGAAUGAUCCCGACUAGAACGUCUUUCAUCGUAGGCCUACCCAAAUAAGGUUGACCUUGGGCUAAAUAGCAAAGCUGAAACAUAUAAAGGGACAUGACUCUAACUUACUCUUGCGUUUCUGCUCUUCAGUGCUGCUUGAGUCACGUCAAUGUUUUGACGCGAAAACAUUUCGCGCAAAACAGAGAAAUUCUUAAGAAAAGAAACAGAAUUAAUGUUUAUUUAUUGGCAGGAAAUGAAUUAAAUAGUGUUGAGGAAUACAUCUUGUUUGCUGCGAUUCAUGCAUGCAGUUUGAAAUUUUGUUUAAUUUAAUUUAAUUUCAACCUGGACCCUAAAAGAAUUUAUGGCGCCAUGGAGGACAGUGAUGAAGAGACCAAACUACAAUGUCCAGUCUGUUCGCAACAGUUAAAAGAACCUUACGUCCGUUGCCUUUCAUGUCCGAAUCCUCUGCUUUUAUGUCUGAAUUGUUUUGCUCGUGGAACCGAAGUAGGAGAACACCAAAACAACCAUUCUUACAAUUUUGUGAGAGAUGACAUUCCACUCUUUGAAUCAUCAUGGACUGCUGCUGAAGAAUUAAAACUUCUUUCUCUCAUAUCAGAAUUUGGAUUUGGAAAUUGGUCAGAUAUUGCUCAGCAGCUAAAAACUAAAAGCAAACAAGAAUGUGAGCGCCAUUAUCUCAACUGCUUCGUUGAAAACCCCAACAAACAGUUACCAUCUUUUCCUGAGUUCAACCAAGCCUACUACCCGUCCCCUGUUGCAUUUAAAUUAUCCGAUGACCCUCCCCGCCCACAGGACGGCAGCCCCUUGUUCUUGGAAAUGGGUGGCUACUCGGCGGCAGCUGGAGAUUUCAAUGUGGAAUACAAUAACUUCAUAGAAUUGGAACUAAAAGAUAUGACCUUUGACACCGACGACAACAACGAACAGGAGAACAAAGAAGAGGGUGAGCAGGAGACAGAUGAGGAUGACAUCGAGGAUGCAGAGAAAGAGGACCACAACUUCUUAACGGAACUGAAGCUGGCCGUUAUCCAUAUUUACAGAGAAUGCAUAAAAGAACGAUGGCGACGCAAAAAGAUCAUCCGGGAUUAUGGUCUGAUCAACAUCAGGAAAAUUACCAGUUUCAAUCGCCAUUAUGACAGAAUAGUCCGGCACACGGUGUCUGCCCUCAAUGUGUUUAACCGACUCCUGCCACCGACGGAAUUUGAUCUGUACAUCGAAUCUCUGCACUAUGGCGAAGAACUCAGGAAUGAAAUCCGAAAGUUGCAGGAAUAUCGGGAAAACGGUUUACGUUUACGGCACCAGAUAAAGAAUUUUAACCAACUGAAGUCUCGAAGAGACUUAGAGAAACAAGAACAUCACCUGCUUUCUGAGGUUUUGUCCAACAUUCAGAAUGAUGCAGCCUGCAAGACUUUCUUACAGAGACAGGCCGUGCUGGAGCACAUUUCAAAAGGCCAAAACGUUGCUUUGCCGACAGCUCCUCGCCGUUCAGCCCCUCCUCUCGAAAUCACAGGUCUGCCAGGUUAUGACAAGUUAUUGCCAAAAGAAAAAGAACUUUGUGCAGUUGUACGACUCGUACCGGACGCUUAUUUGGAAUUUAAACGUCUCCUGCAGCAGGAGAGUCAAAAGUUCGAAGGAAGUCUCAAGUUGGCCCAAGCCAGGACAUUAAUCAAAAUUGAUGUCAACAAAACCAGGAAAUUAUACGACUUUUUGGUGCAAGAAAAUAUCAUUAAAAAAGCCCCACCCUGAAAAUUUUGCGGUUUUUGAAAAAAAAAUUUUUUUUUUUUGCUAAAGAUAAAUAGUUUAUAUAUUUUUUCAUGUCUCUCUUUGUUUAAUUUUUAUCUUAUUCUUUUUACUGAUUUUGAGUCACUGAAUUACGGCCAUGCUGGGGCUUUAACUUCUUCAGUUUAGUACUAACAGUUCUUAUUUUAUUGUUCUUUAUUUGUCAAACUGUGAAGUCGAAGACAUACAGGCACUCUUUA